AUGGACACCAGACCAAGCAAUUCCCCAGUAAAAAGGGACACUUCACAAGCAAGUGUGUCAUCAUCAAGCUCCAUAGGAGAAAAACAUAUAAAUUUUCUAGGAGAAGUAAGCAGCAUAAACACUGAAAAAAAGGACAAUAAAAUUGUUGAGCAGGUUCAAAACAUGGCUCUUGAGAGUGGCAACAGGGUUAGUAAUCACUUAACAACAAGUGUCAAGAACAAGUCUGAAAUGUUUGAGGAGGAGGAAGAGGGUGAACUUGAUUAUGAGGAAGAUGAAGGAGAAAUCCCUGGAACACAUGACGAGAGAAAUGGGGUGAAAAAUGAUACAGAUGGAGAUAAAGAGGAAGGGGAGCUAGAAGAAGAUGAUGAGGAGGAGGAAGGCGAAGAGGGAGAAAUUCUUUCAGAUGAGGAUGAUAAGGUAGAAGGAGUGGCUUAAUUUCAUAAUUGCUGAAAGAAAAAAAUGUUAAUAACUCUCUUAAUGUAGCAACUUGGGUGUACAAGCUUGAGGUAGAGCACCUAACAAAAAUUCAGUUUCAAAUGAUUUGUUUUAGUGUUGUAGGAACUGUAGCAGAUUUGAAACAGAAUCGGUGUAAACAUUCAGGAAAGUAAGUGGCUUUGACUCAUGUCUCUGCUUGCUACUUUACAAGGCUGUGCUCUAAGAAAAUGGAAUGUAGCCCGGUGCUCUGGACCUGUGAAGGGUGCCAAGUGUAGGAUUUCUGUGAAAAAGCUAAGAUUUCUUUGUUGCCUAAGAGCAAAAGUUAAAGGUCAGGGACCACUGGGCCCUACUGGAGUACAGCCCUGUUUUAUUUAAUGAUCUUUAGUAUCUCUCAUCUGUCACAGAAUACUGACCAGUGUCUCAUACUUAUUAGGGACAAAAGAUACGCAUUGAGAAAUUAUUGGUAUGACAGUGUUGUUAAGUCUGGCCAUCCUAGGGUCAAUAAAAAAGUUCAGUGAUUGCAGGGGUUAUCAGGAAAAAGCCUUUUAAAAAAAUAAUGUUUUGAUUGUGACAGUAUAAUAGUAAUAUUAAUAAUCACCACAUUUGUUACAAUCCUUCAGACUGCUGGAUGUUUUCCACCAAUGAUAGCAAUCCUAUGAAAAUCUGGCUUAACAACCAGUGUGGUGUGCACUACAUACCCCUCUAGUCUCAGUUUUAUUAUAAAUAAUUGUUGAUAAAAUGUAUACAUAUGGGAUAAAUUUUGUUAUUCUGUCUAGGGUACUGUAUCAGAAAAGAAAUCUCAGGAAAACCAAGAUUUAACAGUGACCGAGGUAACAGCAUAUAUUUUGUUGCUUUGAGAGCAACCACUCCUUCAUUUUCCUCUGAUUCGGUUAAACCGUCAGUUACUUGAUGCCUCUGUUUAACUGCAUAUAGCUUUGUUAGCAGACAGGACUGUCAGUAGAAUCAGCUGGCUACUUUAAGUUUGAAAAUUAGUCACAUAACAAUUAUGCAGAAUUUGUGGGACAAAUGACUUGUUACUUCCUCUUAGAGACAACCCUGUUACUUAUCAGUUAGUAGCUGAUUUCUAAAUAUGUUUGUUGUUAGACUGAUGGCCCAGAAGAAGGUGAAGUUAUUGAAGAAGGAGACUCGCCAGGUAUGAAGGCCCCACUACUUCAUCAUGAAGAGUCAAGACAAUCCCAAAUUUCAUUUUGUUACAAAAUAUCAUCCAAGAGCUUGCAUUUAUAUGAAGUUGAACAUGAUCUCCACAGUAGAAUGAACAACCUAAGUUGCUGAAAAAGAACCAGAAAAAAUUCGGGCUUGACCAGGAAUCCAAUUCUGGCCAUUGACCGGAAGCAACGAUUGGUUGGUCACAUAACAGCAUUUCAUUCAGACUCAAAAGUUAGGACUAUAUGAAAUGUGGAAUAUGAAAUAAUCAAUUUUGUUUCUCCCACACUUGUGUCAUGCUCAUUAUCAUAUCUUUCUCAUUCAUUUACCCAGGUCAAAAUUCACAUUCUUUCUUUUUAUUUUCUUAUGUCACAUGCAUGAAUGCACAGUUUGUUGAUGCUUCAGAGGACACAAUAUUGUGUUUGUCAAUAAAAUUAAUUGAAAUCAUUGACUCCUUUUGUAAAAUUAUGUCAGCAUGAUAGAAAUUGUUCUUUUCAAUAAUUUUGUGCUUUGAUUAAGUUAGAUCCUCUGUAUAGUCUCCCUUAUCCUUUCAUAAUAUAUUUUAUACAUUGAUAUGGUAAGACCACCCUCACCAGGGUCAAGUAUGAGCAGUUGAUCAGUAUUUAACUUAAUUGCUUGGUGAAUUAUUAUAAUUAUAGGGAGCCAGUCUCUAAGAAGAAAGGUCUGCAGAUAUUUUACGCAUGGUAAGUAAGUUUAUCCAUUGCUGAGUAACUUUUUUGAAGAAACACAAUAAUAUUAAAACUGACAACAACAACAAUAAUUACAGGGCUCAAAAUAAUUUCAGGGGAGUGUCCAGACAUGAUGACCAGGCAAAUUCAUUUUAGCUGGAUCACAUAUUGUUUCUGGCCGGUCAAGAUAGCUCUUAAAACAGGGGCCCAUGAACCAAAACUGGCAUCAUAUGUUUCCAAGAAAGUCAUUGCUUAGAACUUAUAGCACUUUAAAGCACUCAUUGUUAGCAAUAAAAAUAAAUUACAGCGGUGAAACGAGAAUAAACUUACGUGUAUUAAUAGGUACACGGUUAAAUAUUAUUAUCGUGUACAUUAAAUUUGUCUGGUGCCUCCAAAUAUAAUGAUUUCUGUCGUAUGUAUCACGAUGUGAGAUCUUGAUCCUAAAACUCCACCAGUAAUCAAUGUUACUCCCCGUUACAACAGAAGAAAAUUGGUUUUCUUUGAGAAAAUUAGCAACUAAAAGUUGAAAUAUUUUAAUUUUGUGACUGGAAGUGCAUGAACCCCAAUGUCUGUUUCAAUGCACGAAUUGUAAACAGUGGUUCUAGUUGCAUUUCACCCAGGAUUUCAGAUGAAAGUUCUGUAAUACACAGCGACUUGUUGCAUACUGAUAACAACUGAGACAACUUAACAGCAUGGAAAUUUUAAUUUAUUUCGUUUUCAAUAUGAUCGAAUGUGUCUGGUCAACAUGACCGGCAAGACGAAAGGUUGACCAAGCAACUCUUCAAUCAGACCGUUGACUGGCCGUUUUUUCGAGCCCUAUAUUAGUGUUGUUUUAGUGCAACGUGUUCACUGAGUUAUAAUUGAUUGUACUUAGUUCCUUUGCUGUACUCUUUUUUUCUUGUUUAGGUUUUUGCAAAAAAUCAUUCAUUUGUGUUUUUUCCUUCUUUUUCUCACCAGGUGGCUGUACCUGGGGAAUGUCUUGCAGAUUCCUUCAUCCAGGCCUGAAUGACAAAGGUAAAGUUUAUUUAUUGCAGUCUAAAAUGCUCAGUAUUGAGUGACAGUCCUAUCCAGUUCUUAUGAAAGCCAAACCAUUUUAUUGCAGUAUUUAAAAUUCUGAAAAAGGUGGCAGCUGUUUUCUCUUCCUUUGUUCCUACUUUCACGCAUUACUUAUUUUAUUCCUUUUGCGCCCCUUGCAUUGGCAUUCUUUGAUUGAUAGGUGCCUAUCAAAUGCUGCCUAUUCCUGGCCAGUACCCAAGCCCUUUUCCUAAAGCUCCAACAGCUGGCCCAGCUGUUCAUCCUGAAACCAUGGUACAAGCUCAUGGGAUGACAUCUUUACCAGGCCAAGAUGAUGGACAGAUGGUCAGUAUAAACAUUUGAUGAUUGGUUAACUUAAAGUUAGUGACAUAAACACUAACAAAACAGGCAGUAGACUUGUUGAACAAGUUCAAGACAUGGCUCUUGAGAGUAGCCACAGUUAACUGUUUUGUCCUUUGUACUAUUGGAGCAAAUGUUACGUGUAAUUUAGCAGCAAACUAAAUUGUACAUGGACCAAACAAUUGCAUGCAGGGCCUUAAAAAUUUACAUCGUUUAUUAGUUUGCCAUUUCAAAUGUUUUAGUGAAGCGUUUGCAUGAUUUCAGGAAGAUGAAUUUUCCGAUCGAAUGCACUUGAUUCCAGAAGUAGCAGCUCCACCCAAGAAAGAAACAGCAUGGGAGAGGGGACUGAAACUAGCCAAGGAAGUAAGUUGAUUAAAAUCAUCAAUUGAUGCACAAAUGUCCCAAGCUCACUUUAUGAGUGGAAGUUGCAUUAUAGGCGACUAUUGAGAUGUUGUAUAAGAAAUAAAAUACUGAGGCCUGCAAACGCUAAAUAUCAUUAUAUUGUACCUUUUCUUUCAUAAAAUUUAUAAAGAAGACUUACUUUUGAUGUAUUCCUGCCUUUUUGGUGUGAAUUCAUCAAUUUAGUCAUUUUUUGGGCUGUUAUUGAGUGAUCCCUUUCACUCCCUUCAUAAUACAACGUAAAGGCUGCACAGAAAAACAGCCGGUGCUCUGGACCUUGUCUACAGUUGAAGGCAGUUUUUAGCCCAAAAACCCAUUGAAUCGCAGAUUUUUCGACCAGAGGCAAAGUUCUAUCAUCACUACACCCCAGUAAAUGUUUAAAAGUGAAAUAUCCCCAUGCAUGUUGCUGGAAACAAGCAUUUUCUAGCGCUAUGUCCAAAAUACCUUCUUUCGGCAAAUGCUGUGAUUUUGAGAGUGGACACAGGGCUUGUGUCGGAGGUCAAAUUUCACUUGACCUAGGGUGGAGCCACCCUCAUGACCUCAGACCAACGCCCUGUAUCCACUUUCAAAAUCACAGUGUCUGGCAGAAGAAGGUAUUUUAGUCAUGGUGUCAAAACGCCCAUUUUCUUCAACAUGCGCGGGGAUAUUUUGCUUUUAACAUUUACUGAGUUGCAGCGAUGAUAAAACUUUGCCUCUGGUUGAAAAAAUCUGCAAUUCGAUGAGCUUUCAGGGCACAAAUUGCCUUCCAGUAAACAAGCUUCAGACUACUGGUUGUAUUGCUGUGCAGCCUUUACUGUGUAUUAUGAGGGUAGAUACAGAGGUCACACAAUAACAGCCAAAAAGUCAGAGUCAAACUUUUCAUGUGACAAAAAAUUGUCUGAGUUAAGUUCAAUUAUAACUCAUACAAGUUGCAUUUGUCUCAGUAAAAUUUGUCUGAGUAAGUUUAAAUCAACAAGAACUUUCUAUCCGUCUGCAUCAGUUCAAUGUAAUGUGUUUUAUGCAUAUUAUUAUUAUUAUUAUUAUUAUCAGGAGCAUUUGUUAUUAUUUAUGACAUGUUUUAAUGACUUCUCUUUUCCUACUAUCGUGUCUUCGUACCAAAAUUUUUGUUAUUUGUUUGCCUAGUGAGUAUUGUAAAGCAAAGUGGAAUAAUAAUAAUUGUUUACAAUCGUAAUUGUUUGUAAUAAACACAGAUAAAGAAAGCUGCCCAGAAGCGAAAAGAAGAAGAUGCUGACUUUCAGGAGAAGCGCAUGGUCUUAGGUAUUACAGCUGAUGAAAAUGAUGAUGAAAAUGAUAAAGAAAACUUAAUUCGGCGGCGUGAGAUGGUGCGAGCCACCAGGCUGGAGAAGGAGUCAGUGUUUGAUGAAGGUGACAUGAGGCAUCGCAGCAGAGGUGGAGGAGACAUAGUAACACGGUGGAGAGACAAAAAGCAACCAUCUCCUGACCGGGUUAGUAACAAAACAAUACGGUCAAACCCAGCUUUACGGAAAGUUUGCUUUGUCCCUGGGGAAAGAAAGCCGUCACAUUUUCUCCAAAUUCAACCCGCUUAAUACGGACACUCUGUUAUUAAGGACUAUUAUUAAUUGUUAUUAUUAUUAAUAUUAACACAGUAAAUUCUACUUGUUGUACAAUUUCGUUUUUUACCUUUUGGCAUAAUUUCCACGUGCCGUUUGAUUCGUUUCUUCGGAGUUUCGAAAUAUUUUAAAAAUCUUUCGCCUUUUUUCUCUUUAGGAACGCGACAGAAGAAAACGAAGAGGAAAUCGUUCGCCGUCGUCAUCUCCUGAAAGGUACUCGAAUUUAUUGUUUUAACACCACGUUUUUCCGCCAGUCAUUUGUGAGAUGUUAACUCUGUUAAACUUUAUCGACUUAAAUGAUGGUUAGCCAGAUCUAUGGGCUUGAGAUUUGGAGUUCUGAUUGUUAAAACGUUAGAUGUUUAUGUACUGUUUUCUAUCAACGCGCUACGUAAGCAAGAUGUUGAGGUGACUUAAUUUUCGGUCUUGUCAGGGACAGACGAAAUAGAAGAAGAGGUGGAGAGAAGGAAAAACAUAAAGGGAAAGUCAAGGAAACUUUGCGAGAACGAGAUAAGCAACGAACAAAAACAGCGACGAAGGAGACGGAAAAGAAACACGAGGAGAAAGUUAAAAAGCAGAAGGAAAAAGAGUCAGACGGCGGGAAAGAAAAACCGGUCGCGGAGGAGGGUAAAAACGAGACUGCAGUCAUACAAGAGAAACCCACUGAUGUAAAAGAACAAGCGAGUUUAGCCGAGAAACAAGAAAUAAAAUCUGAAGAUAAAAAAACUGAUGAUGAAAAGAAGAAAAGGCUGCCUCAGGAAAAAAGCGCGGACUUUGAAUUAAAAUCUGAAAGGGAAGCAGGAAAGAAAGAUGAAUUAGUUGAAGGUGAUGAAAGAGAAAAACCCAGGGCAAAAGCACUUGGAAUCUCAAGCUCUCGCCUUCCUAACGAUGAGUGGAUGGAUCCAUGGCAGAGAGUAACCUCGCCAAAGCGACACUCAGCAUCAUCACGCAGCUCCCGUAGCCGCUCUUCAUCAUCUUCAUCGGAUUCCUCGCGCUCCUCGCGGUCGCGCUCACGCUCCGGAUCAGAGUCACGCUCCACAUCACGAUCUACUUCGCGUUCACGGUCACGCUCAGUUUCAGAAUCACCCUCCAGGUCAUCUUCGCGAUCGCGCUCAGGUUCGCGAUCACACUCGCGUUCACGAUCCGGCUCAGUUGCAUCAGCGAGCGAUCAUUCAAGUUCCUCAGGCAGCAGUAAAGAAGUAAAGGCUGCAGCAGCAGAUGAAGGAGGUGAAGAGAAAGAUGCACAACAAGCUUCACAUGAUUCAUCAGAAUCAGAAUCGGAAUCCGAGAAAUCAGAAUCUAAAUCCAAAUCACCUACACCAGCAGCGCGAAAAAGCCCUGCUAAACCAAAAACCUCCCCUGACAAAGGACCUCCCCGGACCCCACCCCGUACCCCACCAGUGGAAGAAUCAUCAUCAUCAUCCUACCGUAAUGCUAAAGACGGUGGGAAAAAUCGUUAUGAGUAUAGUCGAGCAGAAAAAAUACAAAAAUGGCAGGAAGGGAUGAUGCGUCAGGGAUCACCGUGGGAUCGGCGAGUGGAAAGGACCUCAAGGAGACCAGUGGAUGGUUCUUACAGGUGGGGUAUUACUUGCUUUAUAUUCAAUUCCAAGUGAGAUGAGGUUUUAUCCUCUUCAAACAUUCAGGUCCACAGUUGGUUUAAAAAUAAACUAAUUAGUUAGUGUUGCUUUAUCGUCGCUGGCUGGAUUCAAUUAAUCCGUUAUGUAGUCCUUGCUUGUAACACGGCCCACAAGCCUUGGCGACGCAACAACAACUUCAACAAUUUUAUUCUUUGCAUGCACAAGGAGUUGAAUAGCUUGCCCCUCGGUACUUGUGAAGCUAAAUCAAGUAUAUACAUUUUUAUUUAUUGCAAAGAUCAUGAAUACCAUGAACGAAAACCAAUAAUUAGAAAAUCACGGCAAACUAAGCUUGCGUGAUUUUUCUUUAAAUCGUUCUGUAUACUUUUGAUUGUAAACACUUACUCUAAUAUAGAGUUUGUUUACUGAGUGCGUUAAGUUAAUUAACGGAAUGAAACUUAAAUGCCUAGCGAUUGCUAAUCUUCACGGCAAGGUUAACUACUUUCGGUAAUUGAAUAAAGAUUCAUAAAAGCUUCUGAAAAAGAAUAAAUCAAUGUUCUUAUUUUGUAUGCUUUUUGCUACUUUCUUGAUUUCUCUACUUCCUUAUUUUCUAGUAGAGAUCGUGCGCAUAAUUCCCGGAGGAAAAGAAGUCCAGAGUUGCGAAGAAGAUCGCGGUCACCUCGGUCCAGGGUAACCAUCUUUAUUUUAUCGUUUGUUUCUUUGUUCAUAGACAAGUUUUUUUAUUGCAAAGCUCCCUUAUUUUACAAAGGUAGCACUUUACCUAGUUUUUUUAAACUUUAAUUUAUACAAUAAAUUAUCUGGUUCUUUUCUUCAGAAUGAAGAACGACGGCGACCGGAAGAAGGAAGAACGUAAGUGGACUUGCUUUCAAUCAAUCUUGUUUUAGCCCAGUUGUUUGUGUUGAAGUUUCCAUUUUUCUUUCUUAAAGGCGAGAACGUUCUUCUAGUGCUGACAGUAUGGAGCAUGCUUUAGCUCGCCCCAGUUCUCCCCGUGCAACAAGAGAAAGAGGUGGAAUGCACCGCGAGUCCAGUGUUUCAUCCAGCGGUAGUGAUAGUGCAAGCAGUGAAACUGGAAGUGAAUCAGAGGAGGAGCGCCACCCGGUCAGAACGCGCCGAGCGGGGCCUGAGGCCGACCAGGUCAAGCAAGCGCCAGUCGUGCCUUUAUCAAGUGGGAACAUUCGAUAUACCGGUCAUAAAGAUAUAAAGCUCACUCUAAAUAAGGUAUAAAGAUAUAAAGCUCACGCUAAAUAAGGUAUGCUGAAUGCAUACACCUUAUUCGAUGGUUUAGCAUAUUACGUGCGGAUAUUUUGCGAGUUGCGUAGUAUUUUUCCGAGCCUUGCAGGGGCGAGGAAAAAUACGAGCAAUGAGCAGAAUGUCCGUUCGUAUUAUAUGCUAAACCAUCGAAUAAGAGGUUUAUUAUUCCACUAAAAAAACUGUUAUUUUGCCUUUGGCCCCUAUUUUUUGGUAAGAGUAUUCACUGAACAUUCUGAUUCCGUCUGUGAGAAUGACGUUAACAAUGAGCGAAAUUGUGAAAGGUUUGAACCCAGGAGUCAUUUCAAAGUAGGCUGAGUUUGAUCGUCCGGGUGAACGUAGUCCCGAGUAGGACUGUUGUUGUUGACAGUGACUGACGUUUCGACAACCUGUGCGGUAGUCAUCUUCAGAGUCAAGGUGAGUUGUAUCACGUCAGUUGAUGGUUUCACGUCAGUUGUAUCAACUGACGUGAUACAACUCACUUUGACUCUGAAGAUGACUACCGCACAGGUUGUCGAAACGUCAGUCACUGUCAACAACAACAGUCCUAUUCAGGACUACGUUCACCCGGACGAUCAAACUCAACCUACUUUUGAAAUGAGCAAGAUGUUCGCGCGUGUUAUAUGCCAAACCUUUGAAUAAGAGGUUAAUUAUUUUACUGCAAAAGAAAAAUACUCUGACGAAAACUCCGUCUUCGGGGAAGUCUCUCAUUAGUACUUGCUCAAUUUUUUGUGGGUGGGAGGGGAAAUGGGGUGGGGUGGGAGUGAGCGCUUUGUUUAGUUUGACUGGGAAUAGGAGGGAGUGUGUUGGGGGUGGGCGAUUAUUCGAGGCUGGGCGCUUAUUACCUUUUUCUGCCUUUAGGACGGCUGCUUAUUCGAGGUGGGCGCUAAUUCGAGAUUGGGCGCUUAUUCGAAUAAAGACGGUGCUUCAACAUUGAUUUUCAUAUCUUGUAUCGUGUAUUACAAAGUGCUCUAAGUGACCUUUCAUGUAAUGUGGAUUCGGUUUGUUUUCAUUACAGUCCGUAACAAGAACAGAGAACAGGGAACCACCCAAGUCACAAUCCCAGCAUUCACUUCCCGCAAGGACAGACCCAAGCGGUGAAAAACUUCAGACAACAACUAAAAAGCGAACACGUGACCCGUCGCCAGUCUCAGAACAUACUAAGGAGAUUGUUUCAUCGUCUGUCACUUCCCAGUCCACUAACAAACCCGACAAACGGUCGGUGAAUUCGCAAGCUGAAGCAGUAACGUCUGGUAAAGCAAAUUCGGCAAAUACUUCUUCAAGGAGAGAGGAACUUCUUCGCGAGCUCAAGGCUGUCGAGGACGCUAUAGCUAGAAAACGAGCUAGAAUUGAAUAGCACUAAAAAUUCGACAGCACAAUAAAAGAAGAAACAAGGAAGAACUGCUCGACUUUCAGUGUGCAUUCCGGUAAUUGGAUGUAAAAUAAAAGUUCUUAUUUCAUCGCAGUUAUGAAUGUGAAUGGUGUGUUGAACUUCCCGUGUCGUGCAAAAUUCGACUAAGGCUCUUCAUACGUUCCACCUAACGUGACGGAAUGCUGUGGGUAGAGAAUAUUAGGAUCAGGACUGUUAUGAGGAAAGAGCUUGUGGUUAUUUAUUUAUUUUUUUUGUCAAUUGUGAAUUGUAACCUUAAUCUUAAUCCGGUUUUUUUUCUUGGAUGUGUUCUUAUAGGGUAAUGGUAAGGGCCUAGGGCUAGAUUAGAAAGUCCAC